GAUGCUUUCGGAUUUGCAGAAAUAGCAUGAUGCCUCCAAGGGUGUGCUGCCACAAUGAUUCGUGCUCAGUCACUGGACGGACAAAGAUAAAACGGGACGUCCCCAACCCCUUCAUAUCGUCCUCUGCACAUGGCGAUCCAGGCGACGAAAAUUCGCGAGUCGGGAUCUGAGAAUCCCGCCAGUCUUUUGUCGCGCAAGAAGCACAGCACAGAAGAGCGGGGAGAUCGUCACAAAGACGUCAUCGACAGCUUCCAGACCACGCCCGCAUUCCGAUGGCAGUCGACCAAAUAGCAACGGCGGUCGCUCGAUUCGCCCUGGUGAACCCCCUUUUGGCCGCUUUCCUGGCCUUGGUCGCGACCUUUGUCCUCUAUGUCGUGGCCAAUGAGUUCGUCCGUGCCCAGGCACGCAUCAAGGGACUGCCCGGCCCGCGCGGCCUGCCCCUGGUCGGCAACCUGUGGGACCUGCGCGGCGUCGACGCGGCCGAGAAGUACCGGGUCUGGGCCAAGCGCUUCGGCGAUGUCUACCAGAUCCAGCUAGGGAACGUGACGGUCGUCGUGGUCAACUCGGCGGCGGCGGCCCGCACCGUGUUCGGGCAGGGCUCGCAGGCGCUGGCGUCGCGGCCCGAGUUCUACACCUUCCACAAGGUGCUUUCCGACACGGCGGGCACCACCAUCGGCACGGCGCCCUACUCGGAAUCGCUCAAGCGCCGCCGCAGGGCCGCCGCCUCGGCCCUGAACCGGCCGUCGGUGGCGGGCUACACGGGGCACCUCGACGUGGAGACGCGCGACUUUGUUGCCGAGCUCGCCGAGGGCGGCGAGGGCGGCGAGGUCGCCGUCGACCCGAUGCCCAUGAUCCAGCGCCUGUCACUGUCGCUGGCCGUCACCCUGAACUGGGGGGUGCGCGGCCCUUCGAGGCGCGACGGCCUGUUUGACGAGAUCACGCACGUCGAGGAGGAGAUCUCGCGGUUCCGGUCGACGACGAGCAACCUACAAGACUACAUCCCGCUGCUGCGCCUCAACCCCUUCGCGGGCCACUCGGCGCGGGCGCGCGAGGUGCGCGACAGGCGGGACGCGUACCUCGGCGAGCUGGACGGGGCGCUGCUGGAGCGCAUCGACGCCGGCACCAACGCUCCGUGCAUCCAGGGCAACGUCAUCCUCGAGGACCGGGCCGGGGAGAAGGACGACGCCACCCCACACAGGCUCUCCAAGGCGGAGCUGACGAGCAUCAGCCUGACCAUGCUCAGCGGCGGGCUGGACACCGUCACCACCACCGUGGCCUGGUUCGUCGCGCUGCUCGCGCAUCGGCCCGACGUGCAGGAAAAGGCGUGGGUGGAGAUACGGCGCCACUUGGAGCUGGCCGGGCAGACAGCAGACAGCAACCCAAGCCCGCUCUGCGACGCCGAAGACGACCAGCAGUGCCGGUACGUCGCCGCGUUGGUGCGCGAGAGUCUGCGGUACUUCACCGUCGUGCGCCUUUCGCUGCCUCGGGCAUCCAUCAGAGAGGUGGUGCACGAGGGAGUGGUGAUGCCAAAGGGCACCGUGUUCUUCCUCAACGCGUGGGCGUGCAACAUGGAUCCGAAUCUCUGGCCAGACCCUGAGGUUUUUAGGCCGGAGCGGUGGCUGGAGCAGCCCGACGCGCCGCUCUUCACGUACGGCGUGGGCUACCGCAUGUGCGCGGGCUCUCUGCUGGCCAACAGGGAGCUGUACCUCCUGUACAUGCGCUUGAUUGCGAGCUUCACGCUCAAGCCAGCGACGAGCGGCAGCAACCCGGACCUCGAAUGCCACCCCCUCCUUGGCAAUUCGGAUCCGGCGCUCUUGACCGCCAUGCCGAGGCCGUCCCGGGUCUUCUUUGUCCCCCGCGACCGGAAACGUUUGGAGGUUGCGUUGGCGGAGGGUCAGAGGCGGGAGUAAAAAAGAAGAAGCAGAACUUUUUUUUCUUUUCUUUUGGCAUGGUUGUGGAUAUUUCGGGCUCAACCCUUGGCGACGAGGCACUGCAUGACAUCAUUGAUGCCGGCUUUCGUCGUGCACGGCAAUCACUGCCGGCUUGGUCGCGACUGUGAAUGCCGCUAAAAAGCAAGCGCCCGCGACAAGAACGAGCCACCAACUGAAAAAAAAAUCCGAGCUACAGAAAAGGGGCUUCCAUUUCAAAGUCAAUUAACACUACCAAAAAAAAGCAAUAACUGUAAUUUAUAUGCAAAUCAAUAGGCAGUCAUUUUGCCUUCACUUUUUAUUAUUGGCGAA